AUGUGCAAGUCGUGUUUUAAGGCACUUCUCAGAAAACUGUUUUCAUCGUGCCCCUUCUGCCGCACCCCGGUCUCUUCGUGGGCUUUGGACCAUACUGAUAUAAAUAGUCUUAUCAAUGAGGAACUGUGGCAGAGAAUUCAAGCACAGUAUCCAGAGGAAUGCAGACGGAGGGACCCCGAGGAGGAACAGCCGUUAUGGGUCUUAAGUGAUGCUCUGCCAGCUCAGGUGCUAAGUAAUCCCGGGGAAUUGAGGAAAGAAUAUGAAGAAGAGAUGAUGAGGAUAGAGGCUGAGCGCCAGGCCACCAUGGAAAGACAAACCAGAGCUUCUGAGGAAUACAUAAGGCAGUUAUUGGCAAAGGACAUGGAGGAGGAAAAAUUAUGGGCAGAAAAGCGCAGACUGGAAGAACAAAGGCAAAGGGAGGAGGAGGAGGAGGCUAAAAAGCUCAGCAUGGGCGAUACAGCAACAUCCCCAAGAAAGAAAAAUCGCAAACUAAAACAUUGCGACAGGGUUCCAAAGCUUUCCCUUCUUCAGUCUCGGUUUGAGUCAGCAUCACAGUAUGACGCUGUGCAAGAUGGCAAGAAAAUAUCUGUGAAAACUGACAGUGAUGGGAAGAGCUGUAUGGGACAGAAAAUGAAAACUAAGGAAAAUAUGCCAGCGGUUACCGGCUCAAGAGGUUCUGAGAUCCCAAACCAAGGUACUAUAAAUACAUGUUGUGCUUCGUUUUACGACUAUAAUGUGAAAGUGGGCACUUCAGAAUAUGACGGAGCAAAACCAAGCUGCUCUAAGCACCUCUUUGAUGUCCCACUUAAGAACAUUAAACUAGAGGAAGCUACUGCUCACUCUUCUGCCGAAACAGAGAAUGGAAGCAGUGUAUCAGGCAAGAGCGAGGAAAUUGGAAACAGCACAACUGAGGCAAAAGAUAAAAUGUCUCACCCUUCGAGCAGUAAACAUACUAAUGAAAGAAAGCAUCAGGAAUCUUCAUCUGAAGCAGCUGGCAAGUCUGGCACUUAUCUUGAAAUGUCCCCCAAACCUUCCUUAGAUGAAGAGGAAACACCUGACUUUGUCACCAAAAGGCUGAUAGAGUUGGAGCAUCUGUAUUUUGAGAAGCAUCAACAAGAAGAUCAAGAUAGAAAAUUGGCACUGGAGCUUCAAAAAGCAUUUGAUGAAGAAUGGAGAGAAAUGUCGGGUGACUACAAUGCCUUCCCUCCAGACACUUCAGCAAAAGGAGAGGUUUCCAAAGAUAAGGAUAUCUGA